UUUAGAGGUAAAAUUUAAAUCGACAGAAAAUAUGGCGUUGAGGAGUGUGUACGAGACUUUUUGGAGUGAAUGGUUUUGGUUGCCGGCAAAUGUGACUUGGAAAGACUUAGAAAACAAAGAUGAUGGUUUAUAUUAUCCACAGACAAGAGAUCUAUAUAUUCCAUUAGUCCUUGCAUUUAUAAUAUUUGCUAUCCGUAAAUGUUUCGAAAGCUUUAUUGCUAAACCAAUAGGAUUAUAUUUUGGUAUAAAAGAUGGGAGACCCAAGACGGUACAACCCAUCAGUGCCUUGGAGAAUUCAUACAGAAUCAAGAAGUUCCCUUCAGAGGACACAGUUAAGGGGUUAGAGAAACAGACAGACAUGACAGAGCGGGAGAUACAGCGAUGGUUCAGGAUGCGGAGGAACCAGGAGCGACCCAGCCAGAUGAAGCGCUUCACGGAGGCCUCAUGGCGUUUUUUCUUCUAUUUUAAUAUAUUUGUGUAUGGUGUAGCUGUUUUAUGGGAUAAGCCCUGGUUUGCAGAGUCCAUCCAGUGUUGGGUAGGAUACCCCAAACAUGAUUUAUCACCUGGAGUAUUCUGGUAUUACAUGAUAGAGAUCUCCUUCUACUGGUCACUAAUGUUUUCACAGUUCAUGGACGUCAAAAGAAAGGAUUUCUGGGAGAUGUUCACUCACCACUGCGCGACGAUAUGUCUGCUGACCUUUUCUUGGUGCGGCAACUUUGUGAGGGUGGGGACCUUAGUACUGUGUAUACAUGAUGCUGUAGAUUAUUGGUUAGAGGCUGCCAAGAUGGCCAAGUAUAUCAAAGCCCAGCGCCUGUGUGAUGUGCUGUUUGCUAUAUUUGGAAUUGUUUGGUUCAUCACUAGAUUAGUUCUCUACCCCACAAAGGUCAUGUGGUCUACCUAUUUUGAAUGCAAGCAGAUCGUGGGGCCGUUUCCCAGUUGCUACUUCUUAAAUUGCGUACUUGUGGUUCUUUUGAUCCUGCAUGCCUAUUGGUUCUCACUAAUCGUCACCGUCGCCUACACGGUGCUGUCAAAGCAAGGGGAGGUGCCUCCAGGCAAUCAGGAAGUUACAGACAUCCGUAGUUCAGAUGAAGAAGAGGUCAGUGAAGAGGACUCCUCGCGUAACGGCUCCGGAGACGGGAAACACCUCAAUCAUGUCAAUAACUCCAAGUGAACUUAGAACUCUAUGUUAUUUUUAACCAAAUGACAUCAUCAGGGAAGCUGUCAGAAUAGAAUGAAUUGUGAUUGUUCAUUAUUUGAUAUGUAUAGCUUCCUGACCACCAUGUUUCAUUCUCAUAUUGUUGUCAUACAUAAGAUGUGGAGUAUUUUAUCAUUACUAACCAAUUCCAUUCAUUAAUCUUGAAGGUUUUUUUUAGCAUUGAUCAUUAGGCACAAUAAAAGGGUUGAAAAUGUGCUGUUGGUAGAAAAGAAACUGCUUUUGAUAACUUCCCUGAUGAUAAGGGAUCCAGAUGAGAUUUAGUUAAUACCGUACAUGUAGAAUAUAUCAGAUGUUUUUGCAGCAAAUUCUUCUGUUUAAUUCAACAGGCUUUGUUUAUUUUUUGUGCUUUGCUGAUCAUUCAAACAAUGUAAUAUUUUCUAUGUCAGAAAGUGUUUCUGUGCAUUGGUUCAAAAUUCUGUUUUAACAUCAACCAAUAAAAACAAUAAAGUCAAAUGUAAAAAGAUGAUUGAAAAGAAUGUCUAGGAAGUAAAAAGAUAGGAAAGAGACUAAAAUCCUUUUAUGUAGGGCUCCAGUCAGGGUUAAUAUGAUAACAGGUAUCCUUGUCAAUGCAAGACAGAAAUAAACUAGUGUCAUUAUAACUUGAUACAUGCUCAAGGCGACAAAGACCCGCGUCUGUCUGUCAAAUAGUUACCUAUCACAAAGUCCUGUAGCUUUUAUUUGUUUUGACCAAAUGUAUGUAUAUAAACAAAAAAAUCAGAGUCUAGUUAGAAAACGGUACCCAAUGUCACCUAAAUUUUCAAAUCUCAACUCAAAUCUUUAAAGGAAAAGUGCAGAAAUUUGAGGUAAAACUUGAGGCUAAGUAUUCACAUGAGGAAAGUUGGUGACAAUGGGGCCUUAUACAAUAUCUAAUUGCAUGCAAUCCUAAAGAUAUUAUUUGAAAAAAACGGCAUUCACUCCAAUUGUUGUGUUUUUUAGAUUUUGUUCAUUGAUUCACAAAAAAAGUUUGAGAAUAUUUGUAUGUAUAUGAAGUGAGCAUGUGCGAUUUUAGUGAGUGAAUACCUUUAUAUUUUUGUAUAAAGUCCCCACUAGGUUAAAAAUACAAUGUAUUUCUGUGUAAUCUUCAUAACAAACAUAGAUUUCACUGCCCUGUUUCUAUGUAAAGCAAUGUGAUGUUCUGAAAGGUAUGUACAAGAUGUUAUUCGUUCCUUAAUUCGCCAACAGAGGGAGGGCAGCUCAGUAGAAAACCAAAGGCAAUGAAUCCUUGAACUAUUUUUUUUUUCAUAUAUACCCAUUAUUUUUGCGGGGUUGGGGGCAUGCAUUUAUAAACAUUCUCCAGUAUUUAUUAAUCAAAUUUUAAAGUAAGAGUUGAUACACUCUUUCAACCGUUCUCUGUUCAGCGAUUUAUCAUGGAGUUGUAUAGUAUGUACUGAUAUUAUGAACCAAAUAGUUAAUACUGCAUGUUGGAAUAGUAGUACAUUUACCAAUAAUUCAGGUACCAUCUUAAUUAACUGUACAGGUAACAUGUCUUUACAAAUGCAAGUUUGGAGCAACGUUUUCAUUCUGUUAAUCACACAAAAACAUAGCCUCAGUUUGAUUAAAUGGAAUACUGUACACAGGGAAAAAUUCGCCCAGGUUUUAUUUUCGCCCAAUUUGCCCUCCUUGUUAGCGAGUGAAUAUAAGACUGAGCGAAUUUUAAUCUCUCAAAUUAUAAAUCUUUAAACGCAACUGUGUAUAGGCGAAAUUAAGACGGGGCGAAGCUGUUUAUUAAGUACAGGCGCGUGAAAAUUACAUUGAGCGAAAAUAGCAUUGUUCACAGUAGUUACUGGAGAAUUUGCACAUUUAUUUGGACAUUGCAUGGAUGGGACCAAGACUUGGUUAACUUACUGAAGAUGUUAUUUAAAUAAAAUGUCAAGUUAUUCGUAUAACCUCUAUAAGAUAUUUAAGUAAAUUUUUGAAAGGUGUCAAGUUCAUAUAUUUAUCACAGCCUUCCAUUAACUAUCGUAAAACAAACGACAAGUUCUGCAUGGUUAAACAUAUUUGUUAUCAAAGUAUACAUGUCAAAGUUAUGCCAAUUAUUUAAGAUUAAAUGUUCGUGGUAUUGAUUGAGAAUUAAUUUGAAUACUUUUUCACAGCAUCAAAGGCAACUACAAGCUGGAGUUUACCAUUGAACAAAGUGGGCUUUUAUAUUUUUCAUUGCAAAGAAUUAAAGAAUGUUGAGUUUGAAUUGCAGCGAAACAAUGUUAUGUCCACAUUUUUUCUUAAGUAAAGGCUUAUUUACAGCAGACUGUGAUCUUUCGCUCAAUAUGUUCUAAGACCAUAAUAAAAUUGUUUUAAUUUUUUUUCUCUUCAUUGAUUUUAAAUUAACAAGGUUGACAUGAUUGUAUAGAUUUCUGUGACUUGAUCCAAUUAUUUAUUUUCUGUAAAUAUUAAAUGUUUUAUGAUGUGUACCUUUUUUCUAUUGAUGUAGUAGUUCUUGCAUUAAUAUUGCUUAUAUGAUUCGUGAAUAAACAAUCAAUAUGCACAAUA